UUACACAAUGGGGAUAUCUUCAACCACCUUAGACACAAAUUGGUGGGUGCUUAUUACACUCUCAACCAUAAUAGGAACACAUAAUAACAUGCUUAACAAUCUAAUCUUUGUAGCCUCAAUUGCACUUCUCUCCAUUGGAAUUUUAGCAUGGGCAUUAUUCCCAAUGGGAGGAGUAGCUUGGCGAAACGGCCGGAACCAAAUGGGCCCUGUCCCAAUUCCAGGGCCCAAAGGGUUCCCAAUCUUUGGUAUCUUAUUCAGCUUGAACCAUGGCCUUCCACACCGAACCCUAGCUUCCAUUGCUUCCACCCUCUCCGCUACACAACUCAUGGCCUUCAGCUUAGGCUCUACACCUGCAGUUAUCACCUCAAAUCCUAACAUGGCACGCGAAAUCUUGAAUUCGCCCCAUUUUGCGGAUCGUCCCAUUAAAGAUUCCGCAAAGAGCCUCAUGUUCAGUCGAGCCAUUGGGUUCGCACCCAACGGCUCAUACUGGCGUUUACUUCGAAAGAUUGCAUCCAUUCAUCUCUUUUCUCCUAGGCGCAUGGCGGCUCAUGAGGCCGGUCGCAGGCAUGAUUGCGCAGCCAUGUUGCAAGCCGUGGCUCACGAACAAUCACAAAAUGGGGUUGUUUUCCUAAGAAAACACCUCCAAGAUGCGGCUCUUAACAACAUUAUGGGAACCGUCUUUGGAAAAAGAUACAACAUGGAAGAACAAAAGCAGAAUAGCGAUCAGCAAGUUGAGGAGCUUCGUGAGAUGGUGAGGGAAGGGUUUGAGCUCUUAGGAGCUUUCAACUUGUGUGAUUAUGUUCCAUGGAUGAGGUUCUUCUACGACCCUUUUCACAUCAAGGAACGGUGUUCCGCUCUUACUCCUCGCGUAAAGAGGUUUGUGAAGAGGGUUUUGGAUGAACAUCGAUUGGGUCAUCAGGACAAGAAGAUUAUUUCUGAUGGAUCAGACUUCGUGGAUGUGCUGCUCUCGUUGGAAGGGGAUGAAAAGCUCCAAGAUGACGAUAUGAUUGCGGUUUUAUGGGAGAUGAUAUUCCGUGGCACAGACACAACAGCACUUGUAACCGAAUGGGUAAUGGCAGAGCUUGUUUUGAACCAAGAAAUUCAGGCUAGGCUUCGCAAUGAGCUUCACAAUUCUCUUGGGGACAAGAACAACAUUACAGAUGCUGACGUGGCAAAACUAACAUAUCUUGAGGCCAUUGUGAAAGAGACUUUGCGAUUGCACCCAAUUGGUCCACUCCUUUCAUGGGCCCGCUUGUCCACGUCAGAUGUCCAGCUCAGCAAUGGCAUGGUGGUCCCAUCGAACACCACAACAAUGGUGAACAUGUGGGCCAUAACUCACGACCCCAACGUGUGGGAGGAUCCAUUGGAGUUUAAACCUGAGAGGUUUUUGAAGGCUCAAGGAGGCAUUGACUUUGACAUAAGGGGCGUUGACCUUAGGCUUGCACCGUUCGGUGCCGGCCGUAGGGUUUGCCCCGGCAAGAACCUUGGCCUUGCCACUGUCACCCUUUGGGUGGCUAAGUUGGUUCACCGGUUUGAAUGGUUGCAAGACAUGGCUAACCCUGUUGACCUAACAGAAGUGCUCAAGCUUUCUUGUGAAAUGAAAACCCCUCUAAAAGUUGUGGCUAUUCCAAGGGUUGGUUAA